GGUGCUUUAGAGAAGAAAGAUACUCAUUUAGUUCUGGAGACUCAAAGGCAUGAUUUUAGCAGCAGCUUAGCUCAGGAGCCCACUGAAUCCACUAGUAACAGAAUUGAAAAAUAAACAUCAUGAAUGUCUCAGCACUAGGAGGUAAUGGAAAAGGGAAACCUUUGUCAUCUGGUGAAGAGGAGCGCAAUAAUGUCCUAAAACAAAUGAAAGUACGAACUACACUGAAGGGUGAUAAGAGCUGGAUCAUCAAGCAUGAAGACUCAGAGGACCCUACUAUACAGCUUCCCUCUGGACAAAACUGUACUACAUCCUCAUCAGUUGGAGAGGUCUCAAAUGCCAGGUCUCCAAAUACAAAGGCUCCUGCUGGUUACAUCAUCCGGGGAGUGUUCACCAGAACAAUAGACAGCUCUUCUCACUACCAACAGCACCUGUCUAAGACCAAUGGAGCGCCAAGAAGGUCACAAGCUGCAAGUGGUGUUCUGAGGAAGACAGCCCCACAGGAGCACUCUUACGUCCUCUCAGCAGUUAAGAAGAACACUAGUAGUCCUACUCAAGAUGUGCAGGCCCCAUUUAUUGCAAAGAGGGUUGAUGUGGUUGAUGAAGAUGUGCUUCCUCAGAAAAAACAGGAGCCACCUGCUCUGGCAAGACCUGUUUCUGGCUUAAGCAGUGUGGAUGGAGGCAAAACCCAAGUGUCUCAAGCAAUUCAAACUGAGUGCAUGCCAAGUGUACCCAGCCCCUCUGGAAGUCAGGAACCCAGCUUGAAAACUGAGGAAAUUGUCCGUUUGCAGAUCACGACUCCCAGAGCAGGACUCCACCUGGUAGCCUCAGAUCUGGAAGCCCUGAGGUCUUCCCACAAAAACAAUGAAGUAUCAUGCUCUGAAGAAUUCAAAAGAGAUUCAGCUUGUGAGGAUAAAUUUAAGAAUUGCAACACAGAUUCUGAAAGGUCUGGCACCAUGAUAAUUUCUUUCCUGGAAAGCAAGAACAACAGUGCACCAGACCUGGAAAAUAAAAAGGCAGACCUCAAGGGCCCCUCAGCUGACUGUGAGAAGAAUGUGGCCCCCAAGACCAUCGAGGCCUGUCAGGAGACAGGUGGAGCUACAGAAGGCAGCCAGAGAGACCCAGCAAUGGCCACUCAAUACUCUGCAGAUCCCAGCACCCCAGAGCUGAAGAGCAGCCCUGGUGUACGCAAUCAGGUCAUCAAACUUGAGGCCUGUGUCAGCAGCACUCCAGUUGCUUGCAAGGAGAAUAAUGCAGCCCCCAAGAUCAGUGAGGUCUGGCAGGAGACACCUGAGCCCCCACGAGGCUGCCAAGGAGACCGAGCUGUGGCUAUUCAACAACUUGCAGAUCCCAGCACUCCAGAGCCACAGAGCAGCCCCAGCAGAUCUGAGCAGCAAACCAAACUGGGCAAUAGUACCAACAAGCUAAAAGGCCCUUCAAGCUGCACGGUCACUGUUAAUGUUGCUACCACCUCUGAACAGACUCACUUGCAUAUUCCAGCUGCCUCAAGUGAGCUGGACUUCGGCUCAACUAUCAAAGGGAUUCUCUUCGUGAAGGAGUACAUGAAUGCUAGUGAAGUGUCUUCUGGGAAGCCAGUGUUUUCACACUAUGGCAGUCAAAGGAACCGAAGAUCCUGCUGGCUCAUGUGCUCUCUUCUCCAUUACAUUCCCUGCAGUACCAGCAGCAUUGAGGACUCAUUGAACCUGGAGAAGAAACCCCCACAUGAAGGCACUCCACCCUCUGAGAGACCAACUGAAGGGGUCUGUACUUACUGCAGCCAUGAGAUCCGAGACUGUCCAAAGAUUACCCUUGAACAUCUUGGCAUCUGCUGCCAUGAGUACUGUUUUAAGUGUGGGAUUUGUAAUAAACCGAUGGGUGAUCUCCUAGAUCAGAUCUUCAUUCACCGUGACACCAUUCACUGUGGGAAAUGCUAUGAGAAGCUCUUCUAGGAAAUGCAUUUGUGUUGGACUUAGGCUCACAAUCACUGCUGAACAGAAGCUGAUGAGCCCCAGAUGCAUUUGGCUGUCCAGUUGCCCCCAAAUUGUUGGUUCUUCCCUUACAUCCUCCCCUACCUGGUUUCACUGUACUUCUGCCCACCUUGUACUGAAGUAACACAUCUAGUAUUGUAUCUCAAUGAUGUUAUAAUUACACAUGUAUAGCCUUUUUUACCUUAGAAACUCAAAUCCAUAUCUCAGUUGCUCCCAGGAUAAAGGACUCCACUUUGACUUCCCUAAGA